AUGGCUACCGGCGCCGAACAAGCUCAGGAGGAGAAGGCGAAGGGAAAUGCAGCUUUUCAGAAGGGUGACUUUGAUGUGGCGGUGAAGCACUUUACAAAGGCAAUUGAAUUAAGUCCCUCAGAUGCUGUUCUCUACUCCAACAGAUCCGGCGCCUACGCCAGCCUCAAGGAUUUUGAAAAAGCAUUGAAGGACGCGGAAACUUGCGUCAAGUUGAAACCCGACUGGGCGAAGGGUUACUCACGAAAAGGUCUGGCCGAGUUCAACUUGGGGCGGUUGCGGGAGGCGGAGGCCACUUACCAGAAGGGGUUGUCUAUAGACCCCCAGAACACGUCACUACAGGCAGCACUAGCCGAGGUGCAGCAGAGCGAAGCGUCAAUGAGGGAUCUGCAGGCGAUGAUGGCGGUAACAAACGCUGUGCGCAGUCACCCGAAGCUGCAGAAGUACAGCCAAGAAGAUCCUGAAUAUGUACAAAAACUCGUCUCAAUCGUUUCCAAGAUACAAGCAAACCCCAGCAACCUCCGACUCAUCAUGGCCCAGCCGGACGUGCGGAUUCGUGAAGGCAUAACAGUGGCAUUGGGUGGUACUCUAGAGGAGGAGGAGGUGGCCCCAGCGAAGCCGUCUAAGACGCAUGAGGAUUCAAAGGAGCCGCCAGCUCCUAAGAAGGAGUUGACUGAGGAGCAGAAGAAGGCAGAGGAGUUCAAGCAGCAGGGUAACGCGCUGUACAAACAACGCAAGUUCCACGAGGCCCUGCAGGCCUACGAUGAAGCAAUCAAACAUGAUCAUAAUGAGAUCCUCUACCUCAACAACAAAGCAGCGGUGUACAUGGAGAUGGGGGAGUACGAAAAAUGCCUUGCUGAGUGCAACAAGGCGCUUGAGAUGCGAUAUGAAGUGAAGGCGGACUACGACGUGGUGGCCAAGGUAUACAACCGCAUGGCGGCCUGCUACACGCGGCAGAAGGACUACGGGAAAGCGAUUGAGAUGUACGAAAAGUCGUUGUGUGAAUCCAACACGAGACAAACUCGUGCAGCGCUGGCGGACGUUAAGCGCCUGAAGGAAAAGGCCGACAGAGAGGCGUACGUAGACCCCCAGAAAGCAGAAGAGCACAGACAAAAGGGAAACGAGUUUUUCAAAAACAAUGACUUCCCAAGUGCUAAGAAAGAGUACGACGAGGCGAUUCUGCGGAAUCCAAAAGAUGCGAAACUCUACAGCAACAGAGCAGCUGCUUUAACGAAGCUGUUUGAAUAUCCAUCGGCACUGAAGGACUGCGACACGGCUAUCAGCCUGGACCCGACAUUUGUGAAGGCCUGGAGCCGCAAGGGGACGCUUCACUUUCUGCUCAAGGAAUACCCGAAGGCGCUAGAGGCAUUCGACAAGGGUUUGGCCUUAGAUCCCAACAGCAAGGAGUGCAUGGAUGGCAAAAUGCAAAUCAUCCGCAAAGUACAGCAACAGCAACAAUCGGGCGAGGUUGAUGAAGAACAAAUGAGACACGCUAUGGCGGACCCGGAAAUUCAACAGAUUUUGCGGGACCCCCAGAUGAGCAUUGUGCUGCAAAACGCACAGGAGAACCCGGCCAUGCUCAAAGAGUACCUCCAGGAUCCGAAGAUUCGUGACGGUAUAAAUAAGUUGAUAACUGCCGGCAUUCUGCGGGUGGCGUGA